UUCUUUAUACAAAGAUAUAAUUCUCAUAAUUAGGGAUGCAACAUAAUAUAUUUUUGCUGCUUGGGAACAUUUUGGUACAUAGGGAGACUUCUAUUCUAUGCUUACAUUCACCAUGUUGUUGCACAUGGGGCUUUUAGGCUCUUACGGUGGGUGAAAGUUGACUUUCUUCGAAAUCGACCACACUAGUUUGCAUUUAGCUAUUUACUGUGGAAGAAAUUAGAUGAGAAAUAAUGCUGUUCUAAUUUCUAAAACAAAAAAAGUCGCUCGAAGGCGCCUCAAUCUUGCCCAAAAGUAAUGCAACCAAGCUUGACCAAAAAAAAGCUUAUUGAUUAACGUCAAGUCAACAAAUAAUUGUGCUCGAUCUCAUUCAUCGGGGAGAAAGAAGAAAUAAUUAUGUUAUCUAAGUACAGUCUUAAUUCAAUGACGAAAACUAGAUCUAGUAAUGCACAUGGGAUCGUGCUAUAUAUCUCAAAUAUAUCGGCCCAUCUAUUACAUGCAUCAUAAGUACGUAAUACUAAUUAACUUAGGUAAUGAAAUGAAAUUCCUAAUGGUCAUAUCACGAUAUUACCACGUGUUUAGAAAAGUUAAUAUUUUCUUUGCUCAAAAUGUUAGGGGUAUUCAAAUGGUUACCGUGAUAAUUACCAAAUCGGAUAAGGCUAAAUUCUAUUAACAAUGCAAUACAAUAUCAUAACCAAAUCGUCCAAACUAAUACAACAACCAAAUUAACGAAAUAAAAUUUUAAUCAGUUUGGUUAAUUGGUUAACCAAAUUAACCAAUAUAGCAUCACAUUUAUCAUUAAGUGAGAAAAAUUUUCCGGUGAAUUCAACAAUUUGCAAUUUAUAUAAUGAAUAAAACAUAACAAGCAACACAAAGUUAUAGUUAACCCUUAACAUAAAUAUAUGCAACUAAUGCAAUUAUUUUACGGUCAAUAGAAUUUUUCACGUAACAAAAAUAUAUGCCGAUGGUAUGAGGUUAAUGAAUUAUUUUGUUUGUAUGAAGUGACUUAAUUAGUCUCCAAACAAUUCUCAUAGGCUGCUGAAAAUGCCUCUCUUUCAAGUCUUCAUCCAACACAAUGUAUGACCUUUUAUCUAAAUUAACCUUCCAUACAGGGGCGGACCCAUGCAUUAGCAAGGUGUGACACACCUUGGCUCAGAAAUUUUGCAAGAGAUCCAUGUUUCGUUGGUACAAAAAACUUGAAUUCGGGAUUUCCGACAUACCUCACAUAAUUGCAAUCGACACAACUUUAAUACACUACAUUGAUUUUGAUGUCAUAUGGGUACCAAAAUACAUAAAUAUAUAUUAUUUAUUUAAUUUUUUAGUGAAAAUGUCGAGAGGAAAAAAUCCACAACCCGUGGCACAGAGUUCUCUAUCCUCCGCUCAACUCUCUAAUUGCGAUCACUGCCGGUGGAACCUCAUCCUCUUUCAAACUUUUACGUUAACGCCUGUCGCCAGCCUUUCUACUUUCCAUUUUAUGCUAUGGAGUUAAUCAAGAGCAAACUUUAAAAUCAAUUUUAUGAAUGAAUUUUUAGUUUUGUACGUCGAAAAAAGUUUGAUCACACUAUAAGCGACAAAUAUAUUUUAAAAACCUUUUUGAAUAUGAAAAGUUGGCGUGUGUCACUGUGAAAAAUAAUAAAUUGCGAACUUAACAAAUUAAAAAUUUAUUUUAUUUUUUAUUAAUACAUUUAAUUUAUUAAAUAUUUUUUAUCGGCCGACACAUCUAUCAAAGAAUUCUGAGUCCGCCACUGCUUCCAUAUGUUGUGGUAUACAGUCUACAAAUAUAAAUAUACGGUAUAGAAACAAUAUUGAGCUUUAUUGUUUAUGAGCCUAAAAGGGAGGAACCUUUGACUCUUGAGUGGUUAUGCAAAGUAUUAAGUAUGUGUAUAUAAUAUACUAGCUAUACGGCUAAUUACUUAACUGGUUAAUUUUAUUUGAUUAGUUAGGAGUGUGUGAAACCAAACAAACCACCUAAACAAAACAAGCUAAAAUAUUUAACCAAACCAAAACAGUUAUCCAAAUUAACCAAACCAAAUUAUCCAAAUACUACAAGUUAAAUGGUUACCAUAGUAACCAGUCAACAAAAUGUUUACCAUGUGUUCUUUCUACGCAAAUUAUUUUUUAAAUUCCGAGUUAAAACAAAUUCUAUAGGAUCCAAUUAAGAAAAAUAAGGAAUCAGAAAAAGUAGUUGUUGACUGGUCGACCGUCUCUCCCAUAUAUUUCUUCUACUUUCCCGUGUUAGACCGUCAUAAAAGGAGAAAAUCGGCCUGAAAAAUUCAUCUGAGCCACUAAAUUACAUUUAGGGAUGGCAACAAAACCCGAACCCACGGGUACCCACCCGACCCAAUCCGGUCAACGCGGGUAAAACCCGUGUUGACGGAUUUUGGACCGGGAUCGAGUUUAAACCCGCUACACUAUUCACCGAGUUUGGUUGAGUUUGGCUUUAGGUAAACCCGCCCCAUGGGUACCCGCCCACACACAUAUAAUUACUUUCCCAGUAUAUUUAAUAUUCUAAAUAAUAUAUCUUCCUUAAAGAAUUGAUAUUCUUUAUGUUUGUGGAGACAUGUAUAAUUUGUUCUUUCUAAUUGUUUAGAAUGAAGUUGAUAUUAUGAAGUGGAGAGUGAAGAAACUUAGUUGACGAGGAAGAAGCUUUCAAUUAAUCUUAUUGUUUAUGGAUGUUUAUCUUUAAUUUUGAACAAUUUGUAUUGAUCAUUUGUGGUUUGCUUGUAUGCUCUAGAUUGAUGUUUUUUGUAUGAUUAAUUUGUAUGAGAAAAUUGAUGUUAAACUUUUAUUUUGAAAGAAACUUGUUAUAGUAAAUUUUUACCACAAAAACCCACGGGUACCCAUGAACCCGCGGAUACCCAGCGGGUUGGGUUGGGUUUGAGUUUUUCAAACCCAACGAGUUUUACCCCGGGUUUUUUUGCGGAUAAACCCAUGGGUUUGGGUUUGGGUUUGACAAAAACCCGCCCCAACCCGACCCAUUGCCAUCCCUAAUUACAUUAUAAUGGACAGAUGGAGAUUGAGUUUUGCACCAUAAGCUCCAUUUUAAAACUUACUUUUGCAAAACUAUUCAUCUCUAACAAUUUUGGUUUAUGACUCAUAUAUCCAUUGGAAAGAAAAAUAUGGAUAUGGUAGGCCGCCAAUACUUUGCCUUCCUACUCCACCUAAGCCAAUACCCUUUUUGGCACAAUAUCCUCCUUAGACCAUGGAAGUGACUAAUUGAAGCAACAUGCAUGCAACUUGUUCAAAGAGUCUUAAGGCGUCGUUGUUAUUAAGUGGAUAUAUAUAUUUUUAAUUAAUAAUGAAAUUCCGGUUGCAAAGGAGAAAAAAGAGUUUUUGGCUCACAUUACGGUUAAAAAGAAAAAGAAAAAGGAAUUAAAGCGUGAAAGACAGGACAUACAUGCAUUGCAUCAAAAACUUGGGGAAGGGGAAGGCAUUAUUCUUGUGGCUAAAGCAACCAAAACCGAAUAAUUAAACAUGGCUUCCAUCAGCUAUGUUCAGCUUCAAAUAAUAAUUAUAAAAAAAAACACAAAAUCUAUAUUGGCAAAUAUAUAUAAUAUUGGAUUUACCUGUUUUAAUUAAUCUAUCGCUAUGUUAUUAAAAUGGUCGUUAAAUUACCCAUUAACUAACAUUCUUAAGCAAAACAGUGAUCAGUGUAUAUAAUAUAUCUUUAUUUUCGUUGGGUUUGUGCCUUGUGGUGUCUUUUUUUCUGUCAUAAAUGUGCAUCUUGUCUAAUAUUCAACUCAUAUAUAUAGUCUAAUAAAUUUUAUGAAUUAUUAACAAGUCAACUUGUAAGUUAAAAAUUAAUUUACUUACAAGUUGUUAAUUGAGGUGGCACGCUAGUCACACCGUCGAGGCCGAUCAUAGCUCUAAAAGAAUCAACUCACGAGUUAACCUCAACAAGCUAAUUAACCCACGCCGAGUCGAACUGGCUCGCGCGAGCUUUAUGAGUCGGAACAUGACUUAUAGCUCAAUAUAUAAUUUUGUUAUCAGUAAACGAGCCGAGAAUGAAACAAUUUUUUUUUUCUCGACUCGAACGAUAGACCGCUCCUAAACAGUCCGUGGGCCAUUUACGACCCCCAUUGAAAGGAUUGUAAUCAACAUUUCUGCAGAAAUCCAUCAAGAUUUUGGAAUAUCCCAAAAUUUUAGACCACAAUUGAUGUUCAAGUUUCGGGCUAAGUGAAUUUUUAAUUAGAAGAUCCCAAUUUUUUCUAGGAUAAAAUACCAUCAUACCUUGUGCCGAAAUGUAUGUGUUAUCAUUGGGAUGACGAUAAAAAUUAAAGAAGCUUAAUAACCGAUCAACUAAGUCACGUCCGUCUGCAAGUUUGCUGUCUCACGUAACACUCUCAUGCUUUUCAUAUUUUUCGACGUCGAGCAAAAAAAGACGUUGUACGGUGCACUUAAUUUGUACUCUUCACCAGCCACCCAGAUUCUCAUGGCCCUGCUAGUAGUUUCUUGUCUUUCUGUUAAGGUAAUUAAUUUUGUAUUUGAUAAUAUCGAUUGGGAUACCGAAAUCAUUUAGUGAUUGGGAUUUGGAUUGAUUUUAGAGUGUAAUUCGAUGUUCCGGAUGUCGGUAUUUGGUAUAGGGAUAUCGACACUGUACCGAUUUUCACCCCCUAAUACUCAUUCAGUGAUUCAGAAUAUGGUAAAACGUUAGCAAAAGUGUAUCUCCGGUAGGGUUGUAAAUUAGCCUGACCCGUCCUUGACCCUGUCUGACGCUUUAUGCUACAAGUUCAAUAUGUAUAUCAAAACAACAAUAUUUUUUUAAUAUGGUAAUAAACAAAGACUUGGUCUAGUGGUAGUAUCACUAAUCUUGAACCUAAAGGUCUCAGAUUUGAAUCGCUUAGGUAGUAUUAAGUGAAAAAAUUAGACCAUAUAUCAUGAAAGAAUACAUUUUGAUUCAACUUAUCAACUUAUAUUACUCGUUCCAUGAUUCAAAGUAUGGUGAAAAACAUAAACAAAAGUGCCUUCGGCAAAAGCAAACGGUUUUUUUUUCUUUCUUUUGCCAUGUACAUUAGUUUCAGACUUUCAGAUAAAUCAAACUAACGGUGUCCCAUGACUGCCGUUAAUCCGUUAAUUAUUAAAAUCGUUUUUUUUUUUUUGAGAAAGACCCAUUGCCGUUAUUUACAGCAGACGAAACCCAGCUAACCGCCAUGACGGCACAUACCACUCGGCAAGCAAGCAAAAGGGUGUUUUUCUUUAAUUAUUUUGAAUCCAAAAGUUGUAAUCUGUAAUCUGUUUUUCACAAAACAAAUUUAUUUAUUUAUACCCCAGGGAACCUCAGUCCCACGUGCGCUUGAGCGACAAUGGGGCCUACUAAACCACUGGGGUACCUGCAUACUAACCGGGGCGUUCUGCUACCAACAUCGGGGAGGCUUUGCCUCCGAUAUCAAGGGUGCCGUCGGGAACGCUCAAGUGGCGCCAUUGGGAAUCAAACUGAGGACCUCCCACAUCCAGAGCUCAAUUGGUCUAGUGGUUUCACCACUCGGCUAUGUAACCUUUGGCACAAAACAAAAUUUUAGUUCCAUUUUAUGUUGUUUCACACUUGAAAUUUAGUACAACGUCGCAACAUUUUUUAAUGAAUAUAUAUUAUCCACUUUGGUCUACCUAGUAUCAUUUUGUUCUUGAAUCCAUCAUUAUGAUUUCUCUUUCUUAAGAGGCCACUCACUGAUUAUGUUUAAUUUUGGAACACCUCUUGUCAAUUAAAAAUAAGUUUUUUUUUUAUGAAUUAUUGAUUUCUUCUGCAUUUUUUAUGUGAGAUUUUCCUAAUGUAUUACAAAAAAAAAAAAAAUCAAGUAGCAAAUAGACCAACAAUACAAUUUCAUUUCUUACAAAAAGAACUGAUUCAAACGACUCAAACAUAAAAUAAAAACAAAAUUACCACCAAGAGUCAUACUAAUCUAAGUGUCAAUUAACACUAUAAAACGAUUCGCGUUCGGCAAUGAAAAAAGUGUUUUUUCGUAGAAAGCUAAUUCCAUUUGCUGAAAAAUUACACCUCCUGCAAGUCGAUGGAAUUUCAUACAUUGCUCUUCAUUAGCCCACUUUUUUUUUUUUUAAUCAAAGGAAAGAGAGAGAGAGAGAUUAAAAGAAGGAACUCUUGAUUGCACUGUAAUCAAGCUCACAAAACUUUGAUCAACACAAGUUAAUUAAGUUUAAGUAGAUCAACUGUAUCUAUUCCAUUCCUCCCACAUUAUGCAAAGAAACGGGCCUAUAAAUAAACCCUCCUCCAAACAACCAAAAAAUUCAUUCAUCACUACUUCCCUACAUCAACAAAUCAUCAAAACUCUCCCCACAAAUUCAACAACCAAAAAAUGAACAACUCUGCUCUCCUUUCCCUCCUCUGCCUCGUCGCUCUGCUCCAUCAAUCCCUAGCAGCUUCCCCACAAUUCAAUGUGAUCCAAUUCGGAGCAAAACCCGACGGCCGGACCGAUUCGACCAACGCCUUCCUAGCAGCGUGGAAGCAGGCCUGCAGCUCGACUACUCGCGGCGUCACAUUGUACGUGCCGAAAGGCAGGUUCCUCACACGGAGCAUGUUGUUCAAAGGGCCGUGUCGUAACAGUGCCAUCUUCAUUCGAAUCGACGGCACCCUCGUCGCACCUUCCGACAUCUGGGCCAUCGGAAACAACCCGAAUUGGAUCGAAUUCCAGUACGUCAACGGCGUCACCAUCUCCGGCGGCGUCCUCGACGGCAAGGGCGCACCUCUGUGGUCCUGCAAGCUCGCCGGACGUAAAUGCCCCACCGGCGCCACAACGUUGGGGUUUUCGUUCUGCAACAACGUUCUGGUGAGCGGGGUGACGUCGCUCAACAGCCAGAUGUUCCACGUGGUCAUCAACUUCUGCCAGAACGUGAAACUGCAGGGGGUCAGGAUCUCCGCCCCGGGGAACUCGCCCAACACGGACGGAAUCCACGUCCAGAUGUCCACCGGCGUCACCGUCGUCAACUCCAAGGUCGCCACCGGCGACGACUGCGUCUCCAUCGGCCCCGGCGCGGCCAACCUGCGGAUCGAGAAUUUCGCAUGUGGCCCCGGCCACGGUAUCAGCAUUGGGAGUCUAGGCAAGAAUGUGAACGAGCCAGGGGUGCAGAAUGUGACAGUGAAGUCAACCACAUUCACCGGAACGACGAACGGGCUGAGGAUCAAAUCGUGGGGGAAACCCAGUAACGGAUUCGCCAGAAACAUUCUCUUCCAACAUGCUACGAUGAACAAUGUGCAGAAUCCCAUCUUCAUCGACCAGCGUUACUGCCCCGACAAAAACUGUCCGGACACGGCGUCGGGGGUUCGAGUGAGCGACGUGACGUACCAAGACAUCCACGGAACAUCGGCGACCCAAGUGGCGGUGAACUUCGAUUGCAGCAAGAGGAACCCUUGUAAAGGGAUUCGACUUGACAACGUGAUGCUGACUUACAACAGCAAGCCGGCAGUUGCGUCUUGUGCCAAUGCCGAUGGAACGACGAUCGGGCUCGUGCAGCCCGGCAGCUGCUUGUAGCUUCAAAAGCCAAGCGAAGGAGGAGGAGGAGUCCGUUCAACCUACAGUAUUAAUGCUGAUUUGAUUGUAUUGAAAACUUGAAAUUAGAAUUGAUUAUAAUUAAGGUUUGUUGUUAUUGUAAUUUGUGCGAUGUGCAUAUGCUGGAAAGCCUGUGGCAUGUCCAUCAAUCCUUCUUAUUAGGUUGCUUGGACCCCGGCCUAGCAUUCCGAAUUUGUGAAAUGUUAAUGCUAUUGAUAUUUGAUGGUUUAUUUUGUCCUCUCGAUUAAGAAGAACAAACAUUGUAGAUAACAUGAGAGUUCAGCUUUGACAAAUAGUUACGAAGAUAGUAUAGAUGUAUCAAAUGUGGCUGAAAAAUGAUAAAUCAACUACAAUGUUGCACAAUUCUGUUCGGCCCCUUCCACUUCGAAAUCUCCUUCCAUUUCGGUGGACUUGUUGGAUUUGCACCAUCCUCCUCAUCAUUUUGCAGCCACUCAGACAGCAACCUUAUAUGCUGAUUUGAGCCUGAAGCGCCCAUCUGCCUCAGGUCCCCAGGUCGUGAUGUCCUCUCCAAGCUCCGGGUCAGGAGUAUCACUACCUGCAAUAAGGUUGAGGAGUUCAUUAGGCAGAUGUGAUUGUAAAACAGUCCAGUCCCACUCACCUGUUUUCGUUAUAAGCUCCGAAACUGAGGCUCCCAACGGAUCCCCGCUCCAUCACUAUGCACAUGAUCAGCCAGAAUCAUCCCAUUCGACAGCCAAGGACUGGUCCAGAAGUUUCCAGGUUCGAAUUUGAGAAUGCAUUUCCGCUUCUAUAAGUCUCAUUUAGUGGCAUGUGAAGAAAUAAAAAUUUAUGAAUUUAAUGUCAAUAACCUUAAUUUCCUUUUAGGCACAUGGGAAAGUUCAAGAGUAAAAAAUUAAUACUUUUAUCGUUAGCAAUAAUGAUCACUCAUCAGUACUGGAUAUUAUUUACUAAGCAAAGUAGCCUGUAAUAUUAUGGCAAUUUAGGGUCGUCAUACUUAUCUUAUACUUGAUUAUCACACUUAAGUUAAGUCAUACAAAAUCAUGGCUAAAAUGAUGACUGAAUAUUUGGACCGUAGAUGAUGAUGAGUCAUCAUGAUGAUGCAACAACAUGUGCAAUUAAAGAAUUCAUCACCACACAAGUAGGGAGGGAUAUGCAAUAAUUCGGCUCAAGCUCCAAUUGGACCAGUCGAGCUUUGAUCCAAUCGAGUUUUUGCAUCAAUUUUAAAUUCAAUGCGAUUUCAAUUUAAAAUUCAAAGCCGACUAAACCGAAAGCAAAUCAGCAGCCAAAUGCCUUUUUUUUUGUUUGAUUUUAGUGCUCAUAUUAUGGUAAUCGUUUUACCAAUCCUAUAAGGAUACGGUAACUUAAUCCAAAAGAAACUAUACUAAACACUUUAAUAAUUAAUACGAUUCCUAAACACUAACUAAAACCAACUAAGAAAACAAUAUAAUAUUGGCCGCCGAAAUUGAUAAUGCAUCAACUAUGUCAAAGCACGAUAAGAAAAGAAAAUAAAGCUAUGAGCUAUUACAAUUACUAAGUCUAAGUGUGAAAAGAAACAAUUUGUAGUGCAUUGUUUAUAACUAAAGCAAAAAUAAAGGAAAGAAAGGUGAGAAAAUAAAACAUUUUCAUAUUCAAACACUGCAUAAAAUAAGACUCUUAAUAUGAAUUUUAGUUCAAGGGAAAAUAAAGCGAGCUGAUAUUGGGAUGCCUCCAACUAGCUAGAAGGAUAGCUUCCCUUAGGAAUAGGCAAUACACAUAUCAAUUCAAGGUUUUAGACCAUUCACAAUGUGGGAGGGUGGGAAAGGUGGGAAAAGAGGGAAAAUGAGAGGGUUUGGUCACAAUGUGGGUGUGGGAAAAGGGGUAAUUAAUUGAACAAUUUUUU